CUCUGCAAAGGGUCCCCGCAGAGGGUGGAGGGAGGAAGUCGGAGGGACUCUGCUCCUCAUUGGCGAGGCAGCCUCCCCCCUUCCCCUCCUCCCGAGGUCUCUUUUAUUUAUACACGCACACACACACGCGUGCACAUCCCUCCGCCCGGGGCUUUGCUCCACGCCGGGGCCCGAGGCGGCCGGACCCCCCUCCCAGUGGAAAAGCCUUGCCAGCUGGGGAAGGCUGGGAGGGCAGGGAGAGCCUCGGCAGGCAGCAGAUAAAGAGCGUGGAGGAGGAGAGGAAGGAAUUUUGGGGCGGCCAGCGCCUGUGGGACGUGCGGCACCAGCGCUUGCCUGGUGGGACCCUGCCCAAGGAUUUGGCCGCCGAGCCACGGAACCCACCAUGCUGUGCCCCUCUCUGAAGGCAUCUCUCCAGCUCCUUGUCCUCACUGGUCUGCUGGAGAUAACGUCGGGGGGUAGUGGACUGCACGUUGAACCCGGAGACACUGAGCUUGUCCUUGACCUCCACAGCACCUUCUCCCUCUUGUGCUAUGGGGACAGCGUGCUGGUCUGGGAACGGGAGGGUCAGCCCCUUGCCGCCUCGCUGGAGCACAGGGAUGGUGUCUUCGUCAGCAAUCUCACCCUCAGGAACGUGACGGGCCGUCAGACUGGGGAGUAUGUGUGCACCUACAGCCCUGACCAGGCUCCAGAGCCAGUGGAGAGGAAAGCCCUGUACAUCUACGUUCCAGAUCCCUCCCUAGUCUUCCUCCCCACAAUCACCUCUGAAGAGCUCUUCAUCUUCAUCACGGGCUACACAGAGGCCAUCAUCCCAUGCCGUGUGACUGACCCACAGAUGCAGGUGACCCUCUAUGAGAAAAAGGUGGAGAACCCCAUCCCAGCUGCUUAUGACCCACAACAGGGAUUCAAAGGCUUCUUUGAGGAUAAGACCUACUUCUGCCGGACAAUCGUGGAUGACCAGGAGGUGGAUUCAGACACCUUCUACGUCUACAGGAUCCAGGUCUCGUCUGUGAACGUCUCCAUCAGCGCAGUGCAGACCAUAGUGCGUCAGGGAGAAAAUGUUACCCUGAUGUGCACCGUGAGCGGCAAUGAGCUGGUCAACUUCAACUGGGAUUAUCCCCGUAAGCAAGCAGGGAAGGCUGUGGAGCCGGUGACUGACUUCCUGCCUGGAUCCACCCACGAGAUCCGCUCCAUCCUCAUCAUCCAGAAUGCAGAGCUGGAGGACAGUGGGACCUAUGUCUGCAAUGUCUCUGAGGGCUACCAUGAGAAAACGGACCGGAAAGACAUCACAGUCCAUGUGAUUGAGCAUGGCUUUGUGCGCUUCCACACCCGCCUGCCCAGCACAGUGUACGCCGAGGUCCACAAGAGCCACACCAUCCAGGUGGAGGUGGAAGCCUACCCUCAACCCAGCAUUGUGUGGCUGAAGAACAACAAGACGUUGGCCAUGGAGAGCAGCAGUGAGUUCACCAUCACCAGCAGGAACCUGUCAGAAACCAGGUACCAGACGGCUCUGGUGCUGGUGCGGGUGAAGCAGGAAGAAGGAGGAUUUUACACCAUCCGGGCUUCCAAUGAGGAUGAUGAGCAGGAGCUGUCCUUCCAUCUGCAGAUAAAUGUGCCAGCCAAAGUGGUGGAUCUCAGGGAGAACAGCAGUGCCAGCAGUGGGGAGCAGACUGUAACAUGCUCUGCUGAAGGCAUGCCCCAGCCAGAGAUCAGCUGGUCUACUUGCAGUGACAUCAAAUGGUGCAGCACCAAGGGACAGACCACUCGGCUGCUGGGGAACGAGUCCGCAGAAAUCAGUCUGCAGACCAACGCCACGUACCACGCAGAGCUGCAGGUGUACCGUGUGAACAGCACCCUGCAGCUGCACAGGGUGGAUGAGCCCCUGCUCCUGAGAUGCACCGUGCAAAACUUCCUGGGCACCAACUCCCAGGACAUCACUCUGGUCCCACACGCUUUGCCAUUCAAGGUGGUCAUCAUCUCUGUCAUCCUGGCCUUGCUGGUCCUCACCAUCAUCUCCCUGAUCAUCCUGAUCGUCCUGUGGCAGAAGAAACCUCGUUAUGAAAUCCGCUGGAAGGUGAUUGAGUCAGUCAGCUCCGAUGGGCACGAGUACAUCUAUGUGGAUCCCAUGCAGCUCCCUUAUGACUCCAGCUGGGAGGUGCCCAGGGACAAGCUGGUGUUAGGACGCACUCUCGGCUCAGGUGCCUUUGGACGUGUGGUGGAGGCAACAGCCCAUGGCCUGAGCCAUUCGCAGUCUGCCAUGAAAGUGGCAGUCAAAAUGCUCAAAUCCACCGCCCGGAGCAGCGAGAAGCAAGCCCUCAUGUCCGAGCUGAAGAUCAUGAGCCACCUGGGACCUCACCUCAACAUUGUCAACUUGCUGGGGGCCUGCACCAAAGGAGGGCCCAUCUAUAUCAUCACCGAGUACUGCCGCUACGGGGACCUGGUGGACUACCUGCACCGCAACAAGCACACCUUCCUGCAGUCCUACGGUGAGAAGGCCCGGCGAGAGGCAGAGGUGUAUGGGAACACCGCCAAGGAGGACCACGUGCAGAGUCACCUCUCCUUGUCUGUCGAGAGCGAUGGGGGCUACAUGGAUAUGAGCAAGGAUGACUCCCUGGAUUAUGUGCCCAUGUCCGACAUGAAGGGUGAAGUCAAGUACGCUGACAUCGAGUCCUCUAACUAUGGCACCCCGUAUGAGCUGGACAGCUAUUCCCCAUCAGCUCCUGAAAGAACAGACCGGGUGACGCUUAUAAAUGAGUCUCCACUCCUCAGCUACAUGGACUUGGUGGGCUUCAGCUUCCAGGUGGCCAAUGGGAUGGAGUUCCUGGCUUCCAAAAACUGUGUGCAUCGUGACCUGGCUGCCAGGAAUGUCCUCAUCUGUGAGGGGAAGCUGGUGAAGAUCUGUGACUUUGGCCUGGCGAGGGACAUCAUGAGGGAUUCCAACUAUAUCUCCAAAGGCAGCACCUUCUUGCCCCUUAAGUGGAUGGCUCCAGAGAGCAUCUUCAACAACCUCUACACCACCCUGAGCGAUGUGUGGUCCUUUGGGAUUCUCCUCUGGGAGAUAUUCACUCUAGGGGGAACUCCAUACCCUGAACUGCCUAUGAACGAACAAUUCUACAAUGCCAUCAAACGUGGCUAUCGGAUGUCCAAACCCACCCACGCCUCUGAUGAAAUCUACGAUAUCAUGCAGAAGUGCUGGGAGGAGAAGUUUGAGAUCAGACCAUCCUUCUCACAGCUGGUGGUGCUUAUGGGAAACCUCUUGGUGGAUUGUUACAGAAAGAGGUACCAGCAGGUGGAUGAAGAAUUCAUGAAGAGUGACCAUCCCGCUGUUGUCCGCACAAGACCCAUAAUCCCCGGGCUGAACAACGCCAGGCUCACUGCCAGCUCCCCCACCGGCAGCAUCCUCUACACGGCUGUGCACCAGAACGGGGGCGAGAAUGAUUAUAUCAUCCCUCUUCCCGACCCCAAACCCGAGGCAAUCUGCGAUCUCCCUCAGGAGGCCUCCAUCAGCCGGGCCAGCUCUAUGCUGAACGAGGCCACCACAUCGUCUACAAUAUCCUGUGACAGCCCUCUGGGCCUCCGGCAGGAUGAGGAGCAGGAAUCCGACCCACAGCCAAGCUGCCAGGAGCCAACCACGGGGCACCAAGAGGUGGAGGAGAGUUUCCUGUAGUCAGAGCUGGGCUGACUCUGUAUCUCCCCAUGGCGAGGCCAACUGAGGGGCUGACCCAGACAUCACAGAGAGCCAUGCUUUGCACUUGUACUGCGGGACAUCCCCACCUGUCCCAGCAUUCCUCCUUCCCUCCUGUCUGCCAGUGUCGAGUGGGGAAUUAAAGACUAUUCCCCAUUGCCAUCCCCUUCCCCCUUACAAAGAGGUGGCUCAGAGCCAACAACCUUCCAGAUCACUGCCACAUCCUCCUCAGUGAUCAAACCACUGCAGGAGGGAGACAUCUCACAGACCAACAUCUUCUUUUCAAGUGGAAGACGUGGGCUGGAUCUCCACAAGAGAUGCCACUUUCUGCAUUGCUAAGAUGAUUCUCCAGCCUCUUCCCCUCCAUGCUCUUUAGAUGGCAAUGAGUUUCAUCUCUUCUGCACCAGCACUUCUCUGAUGGUCUCAGCACCAGCCACGCCGUGGUUUGGUGAAAUGCCACCAGGACGGAUGAUUUGCUCGGAGCUCAUUGCUGGGGUGCAGACAACCUGUAACAUCAACCUUCAGCUGCUGGAGAUCAAGUGUACAUUGGGUAGAUUGUCCUGCAAGCACAGCCAAGUCCUGGAGAGACCAGCCAGAGUCUUAGAGAUACUGAACCACCAUUUUCAUUUCUUGACAGCUCUUCCACUGCAGAUAGAGCGUCACAAGCACUACAGGUACCCAUGGCUCUGGGGCACAGCUCUGCACCCACCUAGAGGGGCUGUCACACCCCUUGAGCCCAGCACAGCACCAGGAGUCCCAAGGGCAUGCCAGGAACUCAAAAUACUCUCACAAUGACUCUGUUGUGGUAGCAAAGAGGGCAGUCCAAUGUUGUUCAUGUCACCUGUGUAGACACUAAGCUAAUUAUUCUCCCUUGAAGAUGUAAAGGGAACAAAUAUAUUAAUCCACUAGCCAGGGCCAGUAUAAGGAAGCAAUAUGGCUAUUCAUUAAUCUUCUACUGCCACUAAGCCCAGCUCAUCUGCUGGGAAAUCAUAUAACCCCACCAGUUGCAAAAUCUUUGUGCCUUAUCUUUGAGAAGCAAGGGCUCCUUUUUGAUGGACUGUUCACCUGAACACCCUUUCUCAGGAUGGCAGAUCUCACCGGUCUCUCCUGAGUCAUAGCAAGACUACGGGGAGCAAUAAUGAUGCCAGAACACCAACCCAGGGACAUCUCAAAAGAGAGAGAGGGAGAGAGGCUGGGAAGCUGUUUUGGUCACAGCUGAACUGUAUCUCACACCCUGCCACUUUCUGGGGGCCAGGCAUAGACACUUGUGACCUACCGGGGCUGUGGAUGAAGUGUCAUGGGGAAUCAAGCAGAGCAAGAGGAAUCGGGGAGGAUUCCUCUCUCUUGGAAUGUGUUUUGAAGAAUAAAAGGGCAGAGACCUUCCUCCUGCUUCUCGCCUCCUUCCUUGCUUCUCACAGGCAGACCUGGGACUUCUUGUGCUCUCAGCUGGAACUUGAAUGACGAGACUCAAAGCAGGAGGAACAUCAGGCUUUUGAAAUCAGUCAGCAACCCCAUCUCUGCAGGGAUGAAAGCUGGACCCCCCAAACUACAGGUCUGACACCACAGAAACUAGCAGGGUUUUUUCUGAAAGGAGAAGGUUCACCUUGCACGGAGCUCUGUUUGCUGCAUGCCCCCCACUCCCAGUAACCCCUUCAUUUCCCUACUCAUGCACAUAUCUCUGUGCAUCCUACCAAAAUUGCACAGGCAGGUUUACAAAUUCAUAAAUUCAAUCAGCAUCUUGCUGGGCUUCUGCCACCUCAGAGCCACUGAGAAUUCUAUUUUUUUUCCAAAAUAUGAAACUUCUGCCAGAAAUCCCCAGCAAAACAGCUUCUGUUUUAAGUUGUCUAUCGUUGCAAUGCUGCCAUUUAUGCAGCUAAAAGAGAAGAAGGUGUUUUGUGGGCUGAUGUCCUUGGUAAAAUGUGAACAUAAGAAAGAGCACUUUUAUUGGCAGCCAGUGGAGUAUAUUUUCAGCCCAUGUGGUCAGAUUCACCACCAUCCAUAGGAAACACACUGUGAAUGACAACUGUUUUUCCAUGCUCUGUUUCUCAGGCUUGUAAUGAAGGAGCCAUCUUCUGUGGCCACAGUUCAUUAAAUUACCCUAACAGCAGAGAAGCAGUAACUUAUGCGAUCCUUGGGAUCAGACCACUUUAUUUUUCUAACAUGUAAGGUGCUUUGUAGGAUCUGUGUCACUGCAACUUGAGCCCACAGGAUGACACAUCAGAUCAUCCUGAUAGCCCCUGUCUGCACCAGCUCCAUUUUUAAUUUGUCCUUCUCUAUCAAAGGUGACCAGAAGUACCCAGUACUCCAGGCGAGGUCAAAUCAAGACCUCGCAUAGGGCAUUAAUAGUUCUGGUCUGUACUGGAUUUGACUUGCCUGGUGUAGCUUUGGAUAACGUUGGCCUUUUCCUUGCCACAACAUACCGGUAGUUUGGAGUCAUCCUCUAACCAAUCUGAGCACAUACGUCUUUCUACUCUUCCAGCAUUUCUAAACAAGAUACUCCCUGCUGUUCCAGACAUUGGGUCAUCAGUACAUUUUGUUAACAAACUGUUAUUUUUGGGCUGGACUGACUAAUAAAAAUAUUAAAUACUUCUAGCAUCAAGAGCAACCCUAAAGAGCUACUUUUACUACUUCUGUCCAGCCCAAAGAUUUCCCCAUCAAUUAACUCCUUGUCACCCUCCAUUUGGCCAUUUGCUUAUUUACUUAAUAAAUCCUGUACUAAACUCCAUCUUGUACAGAUUAAUUACUAAUUAAAUUACUAAUUUUCCACUAUCAAAUAGUUUCCACAGUCCUGAAAGAGGAGAUCUAUUUCUUCUCCCUGCUGGGGGAACUCAGGUAUCCUGUCCUAUUAGCUGGGCAUUAUCUACACUUGGAUGCCUAUUGCAUUUUGUCCCAUUUGUAGAUUUAUUGUAUUUAUUCUUUGCAUCAAAACCUAUUCUGGCUGCUGACGGGGUGCUAACCCCACCUCCCUCUUCCUUCUUAAAGUAGGUACACCAGACUCUUUGCAAAAUGGUACAGUUCUCCACUCCAGAGAGAUAUGACCAAAUAUUUACCCUUGGCCCUGUGAUUGCAAGGGCCAAGUCUUGCACUUCAUGGUACUUUCCUGUCCUUACUCAACUAUUCCCGUCACCAUUUAGCGAGGGCGUGCGCACCCGCUGCAGCGAGCAGAUCUUUUCAGCCAGGGACAGGCUGGCAGCUGGGCAAAGCCAAUGUGUUUUGCUAAGCAUCCCUGCAGCUCUCCUCCAAGAGAGGGCUUGGUGGGGCUGAGGCUUACAGCACCCCCCAGACAAGCUCUCUCCACACAGGGAGCCGGAUCCAGCCCCCUCUCUCUCUGCCACCGACAUUCCAGUCCCUGUGCAACCCGGUGGGUGAGGGCCAGCAGAAAUGGUCAUCUGUUCUGGGCCCACUGGUUUUGUAGCCAUAAUUUUUCCAGUGAGAUUCCAGAGGGAACAGGUCCCUCUGGGUUUUUAGUUUCGAUGAUCAUGGCAGGGGGGUUGGAACUAGAUGAUCUUUGAGGUCCCUUCCAACCCAAACCAUUCUAUGAUUCUAUGAUUCUAUGUUUUUUGCUUGGGUGUGUUUUUGUGUUUAGAGGUGGACCCAAACUGAGCCCCCCAAAAAGGGACACAUGCCACAGCUUGGGCCCAUCUCUAGUGCAAUAUCUUUUAUACGUAGAUUAUAUUUUACUCUACAGCUGUUGCGUCAUUAUCAGCACCAAUAUAUACAUAAUCCUACUGCCAGAGUCACUAUGUCAUAAGUGUAUCCCAGAAACUAUUGUGACACUCCGGUGUCUCUUUCCACAUUUAAGAUGCUUCUCAGACUGAUGUGUGCACAGGUUUUAAUCCUUUUGUCCUUCUCGGUUUGAGCGUGUUAUUAUUUUUUUAAGCAAGAGUGUCACGUUUAGUGUUUGUUUGUGUCGUCUUAAGAAAUCUAGAGCACAGCGGACUUUACUCGUAACUAAAUUGUCUCUGUUCACCUGCCAAGGGGACUGUGGUGGAGUCCCACGGGGACGGGAGGCAGAAGUGCAGUGCAGAUGUGCAGUCAGGAGGAAGUCAGCCAGAAGUGAGAAAUGGCUCUUCCCCUUCUUCCCAGUCAGGGCUCUGGGCUGGGGGAGAGACGGCACCACAAAUAGAGGGUACUGGGCAGUGGGUUAGGUUUUGGCUGUAGGGAAGCUGGGUCUGUGUAAAGCUGGGCCUGUGUAAAGCUGGGCAGAUCUGGAGAAGGGGAUUUCACAGAUGUCUCCUUUUGGGGGCUUUUUCUAACAUGAGAUGUCAGCUAAUGCGCUAAGGAGGCAAACCCCAUGCUCCAACGCACAGGCGCGAGGAAGGGCUCUGGCCGGGCUCAGUGCUCAGCUCAGAUCCCAGGAUCAGUGGGGCCAGUUCACAGUGCGAACCACAGGAUGUCCCACAUGGACAGGAGAGCAGCGGGCUGCCAAGCCAGCCCCAGGGAACUCGGACGAGGUCUGGCUGUACUCCCACUUGGAGAACAUGAAAGUUUCCCUUUGGCAGCCCUCGGCAGCCUUUUGGCAGCCUUUGCCCCGGGUGGUUGCACAGGCAGAGAGCAGCCAGGGCAGCUGCAGGUCCUCAGUGGGCACCGGGCAGCUCUUGGGCCAGGUACAGGUCCUUUCCGCAGCAGACCCCAGCCCUGCCUGGAUGCUGAGCAGCCAGGGAUGACAGUAACAGUGGAGACACCAUGCUGUCCGCAGGACUUGCCCAGGGCAGGCCAGUUAUUGUUAAAAAAUCAGAUUUCGCAGGCCAGCACAUGGGUAGCUGGGGUCCCAGCAUAAUUCCCAUGUUUCACACAGAGGGCUGAGGUCUCCGGGACACGCCAAGACGGAUCCAGUUGGCUUUGACAAAGGCAGGGGAACUGCCCCAGUGCAGCUCCAGCAGCACUUUGGAGAGAUGACUCUUGCAGGGGUGGGAAGAGGCAGGGAAGCCAACUUGUGCUGGGAGGCCUGCAGCAUCCCAUCGUUCCUGUCCUUUCCUCCUUCAUGGAUUGCACCAGAACUGCAAAGUGUGCCCAAAGCGUGCCCUCUGCCCUCUCCCACUCCUGCUGUGCUGGCUUGCUGGCAUCAUGCUGUUACUCUGCAGCAUCUCUGAACUGAAGCAGCACCUGCCUCCACGCUCUCUGUCAGAAACCAUCCUGAGGGAAAAGGAAAAAACAGAGUUCAGACUAAGGUACCAAAGAGUUAACAUUUUCCUAGGUUUACAGAUGUAUUUGUAGGAUUUGUACUAUGUCACAUCUAUAGCCAUGAGACAUUAUUUUUAUGCUGUAAACUUUUACAAAUAUGUUUUUAAAGAAAGAGUUUAAAAAUAAAAGUGUUUUUCUUUUUGCAAA